UUGCUGUCUGCAACGACAAGGACAGUGUGGUUCUUCAUUCCCACGCUUUGUGUCAUGGCUGGCGUGUUCAGACUGGGGCUUUUUCUCCUGUCAUUACUUGGGACUAUAGAAGCUCAAAAGACACCUUCCAUAAAUAUUCAGUCCAAAUGUUUGGGAAAUCUCUUGCGUGUGGAUGUCGGUCCACUUCGAGGGAAGCUUCUGGAAGUUUCUGCUGUUGUCGGCAACUCCGCCUAUAGGCUCACGCAAAGUUUGGCAACGCAGUGCGGCUUCAGUAUGAAGUACGACACGCAGGAAACCAUCGUGAUCUACGCCUCCAUUCAUAACUGUUUUGCUCAAAACAUGGGGGAUUCAUUCAGUAUAGUGCUAAAUCUCAGGCUCUAUGGUAACCAAAUGGUUCAAGGCGAGGUGUACCAGGUGGCUGAAACCUGCAGCUAUAGCACGCCGGCCUCCAGGGAAAUAAUCUGUGAUCCCAACUAUAUGGAGGUGUCCGUGAAAAGGGUCGCGCCAGAUGAUUACGUUCAGCCUCGGAAUCUUGCGCCAGGGACCCCCCCAAAGUUUGAUCUUCGACAGGCUGCUGAGAAGUUAAUUGACUCGGGAUACAAAAUCUCAACACUGGUGGUCAACACACCUGAAGAGAAGAAAAUGACUUUGAUGGAGGCCCAGAAGUACGGCUACGGGAUUGCAAACACGCCAACGAGACUCGUCCUGCGAAGUUCCAAGUCUGCGCCUGACACGUACAUACAACAUGUGGCAGGUGUGCCGAUGGCCGUGCUGCAAGCCACCACUAUCUUUAAAAAGAAGUGGCUCACAGCUGAAAUUGAGGCAGCUGCUGCUUGUCCAAUAGUGGAAGGAAGUGUUUACGUCACGGAGAACCUGAUCAGCUGGUUCCUGCCCACCCGUAUAGACCCACUCAUUUCCUCUGGCAACUUGCAACUUCUGGAGGUGCACAUGGGCAUCGAUGGAACGAGGUUGGACGCCGCGGAGGUGUCGGCUCGGCGCUACAACAUGACUGUUGGCAACAUGUACAUCGCAGUCCAUAUUCCCAUCGGGGCACCCGGCGGCUUCUUUAAGAGUGUGGUCCAGAAUAGUCAGUACUUUGUCUUCUAUGUGAUUGAGCCCAUGCUUGAGUUGCUAUGGAUGGAGGAUGCCACCAAUCGGGACACAAGAUACAAAGUUCUCUGCCCCAUCACGACGCCGCCGAUGUUGCAACCCGUGCAAGUGUAUGACAACACCGAUGUACAGCAGGGAGUGUUCAAAGUGACCAUCGGGCCUUUUGCGCCUGACGUGGCUCUACUCAACAUCACGUUGGCCGGCGAGGUUGUGAUGGUGACGGACUGCAGCAAGCGAGGCUUCAACCUGCAGGAGCAUCGUGCUCAGAACAGCAGCUUGAAGUUCUUCACGUUCAAAGUACCCUUCGCAGACCGGGUCGUCCUGCAGAAGAAAGAAACGGGGCUUAAAGUCUACUCGCUACAGCUGAUUUUUGGUCUGGUGGUCCUUCCAGAGUUCGCACAGUUUUCUUACUCUACUAAUCUCAACGCAAAAUUGGUUGACGCGGUCAAACCUUCCAUCAGUGGAGUCUGCGACUCGCGGAACUUCUACAUUCUCGUGCAACAUGGAAUGCAAGGCCACACCUUCCGAACGACCCUGGGAACGCGCCCUAUGACGCAGAGUCUGGCACAGGAAUACAGCUUCGCAGAGAACGGAACCCACUUCAGCGUUGCGGUGCCCUUCACGUCCCAAGAUGUCGCCUUUGAGGCUAUCGAGGUAUCUGUGAAAAAGGUGGGGUCGUUCAUCAAAGGCAGACUUGACAUCAUGUUGCAAAAUCCAGAAACCAACAAAGAUAUCCAAGCCUUCACUCUGACGUGUAGUUUCCCCGCCACGCUGACUGAGUGUUUGCCCAAUGGAACCAUGACUGCUCUGGCGAUCAAACUGGAGUCUGUUCCCAGUCUGAACCCCCGUCAGCUGACCCUCGCAGACCCUACCUGCGUUCCUGCCUACAGCAACGACCGCUAUGCUUAUUUUGUCUUCACGGGAAACACAUGUGGGACCACCAGAAAGUUUUUGUCCAAUGCGAUGCUGUACGAGAAUGAAAUCUCUCUGCCGGAUGCACUUCGAAAGAACAGCGCCUCCAGCCAAGAUGAGCCGGACUAUGAGUUGAAGAUUGCUUGCUACUAUGACGUCAAUACAAGUCGUGCCAUGACCUUCCGUACCAGGCCUCGCAGGAAUGAACCAUAUGCAGAAAAUGGAAAAGGCGAGCUGCAAGUGGCGCUGAGGCUCGCAGUGGAUGACUCCUACAAUGAAUUUUAUGGCGACUCGGACUACCCGAUAUCAAAGUACCUGCAGCAGCCAUUAUAUUUCGAGGUGGAACUCAUGAGGUCAAUGAACCCUAAAGUGUCACUAGAGCUGGAGAGCUGCUGGGCCACAGUGGAUGAGGACAGGACAUCCCAGCCCAGAUGGAAUCUAAUCAUAAAUGGCUGUGCAAACCCAGUUGAUCCACACCGUGUAGUCUUCCACCCUGUGUGGAAAGAUGACAGAGUGCAGUACCCGUCCCACAUCAAGCGCUUUGAGGUCCAGAUGUUUGCUUUUGCACAAGACCAGGAUAACUUAAAGAAGCGGCUCUACGUCCACUGCGAUGUGGAGGUCUGUGACCCUCGGAAUCGUCUGAGCGAAGCGUGUAGGAACAGGCGCUGUUCCAGCCAGGACAACAGGAUCAAAGUUCAAAGACGAGCCACUUCAGGUUUCGACCUCAGACACGUGUCUUCUGGGUGCAUACUUCUAAAGUGAUGAAAAUAAAGUGACUUUUAAAC